AUGCCAACACCAAGUGCACCUCCAGCCUAUGGGGAUAUUGAUACCGCUUCCACGACCGAACCGCCAGCCCAGAAUCCCGUAAACCCUGAAGCCGAAAACCACGAUUCCAACGAAAUUUUUGAAAACGAGGCAUCCGCCCCGCAUCUGCCCGGGUUCCCAAAGAAAAACCCGAACCCCCGGCCGCCACCCUAUCAGCCCGCCAUCACCCAGCUCGAUGAAACGAAUGCAGCGUCAUCGCGGACUAAUGCUAAUGAACCAGUAUGGCAUACAGUCACGAUGCCAAUUGAGCAAGAAUGGAUCGACUAUCGGCGGACAGGGUGCAGGCAUGAUCGGCAUCGCGAAGCAGGCACCGCCGCUAUCGUCGCCGGGUCGAUCGUGAACGACUUGUUUUGUGUCUACCUCCUCGCCAAGUCCUGUAAGCACCCGGGUCACUUCCGUAUCGGCUACUUCUUGGCCGGCAUAAUGUGCCUAAUCGUUCUACCAGCCGUCACGAUCACAAGUGUAAUCAUUUUCCUGCAGCACAACCCCAAUUUGUUCAGCCAAAAUGACAAA